UCGACGUUUUGCGCAUGCUCUUAACUACAGCCACGAGGUAUCGCAAUGAGAGCACAAGGGCAGCUAAAGGAAUUCAAAAUCGUAGGCCGAAGGCGGCCGACACAGAACGACAAGUCUCCCGCACUAGUUCAAAUGAGGAUAUUUGCUCCAGACGAUGUAGUGGCUAAAAGCAGGUUUUGGUAUUUCAUCAGCAAAUUGAAAAAAAUCAAGAAAUCGGCAGGAGAAGUCGUUUCAUGCCAACAGGUCUUCGAGAAGAGGCCGACGAGGAUCAAGAACAUUGCCGUUUGGCUGCGCUACGACUCUCGGAGUGGAACCCACAACAUGUAUCGCGAAUACAGAGAUGUAACCGUGUGUGGUGCGAUCACCCAAUGCUAUCGGGAUAUGGCAGCUCGUCAUCGUGCUAGAGCUCAUAGCAUCCAAAUAAUCAAGGUGCAUGAAAUCUCUGCUAGCCAGUGUCGACGGCCUCACACGCAGCAGUUUCAUAAUUCAAAGAUCAAGUUUCCCUUGCCACAUCGUGUGACAAAGUCGCACUUCAAGUCUAAGUUUGUUGCUAAGAGACCUAAUACAUUCUUUUAGAUGGACAGUCAGUCACAUGCCUGCUGAUUCAAUAAAAGAGCUUAACUUACUA